AUGAAACGAGACACAAAGGUGAUCAAGAGCGAUUCCUCCGCCGAGAUCAAGCGACUCUCGGAAUCGAAUGUGCACAAGAAGCAUUGGAUGAGAUGGGGACCCUAUCUCUCUGAACGUCAAUGGGUGCGCGAGGAUUACAGUAGCGAUGGUGAUGCCUGGCGCUUUUUCCCGCACGAGCACGCCCGAUCAAGGGCCUAUCGCUGGGGCGAGGAUGGCCUUGCGGGGAUUUCGGACAAUCACCAGCGACUUUGCUUCUCGGUCGCCCUUUGGAAUGGCAAGGACAAGAUCUUGAAGGAGCGACUCUUUGGUCUGACAAAUCAUGAAGGUAACCAUGGCGAGGAUGUCAAGGAACUGUACUACUAUCUGGAGAACACACCCACGCAUUCCUACAUGAAGUAUUUGUACAAGUACCCUCAAGCCGAAUUUCCGUACGAUCAACUUGUCGCGGAGAAUGCGCGCAGAAGUCGAUCGGAACCCGAGUACGAGCUCAUGGACACGGGUGUGUUUGAACAAGACAAGUAUUUCGAUGUCUUUGUCGAGUAUGCCAAGGACGGUGAGGAUCAAGACGAUGUCUUUGUCAAGAUCACGGCCCAUAACCGCGGUCCUCAUGAUGCGCCCUUGCACAUCAUCCCUCAGUUUUGGUUCCGAAAUACGUGGUCGUGGUUCACUGAUGACGAGGUCGAAAUCCCCUCGCUGAAGAAAACAGACUCGUUGACGAUCGAGGCCAACCACAAGACGCUCGGCCAGAGAUGGAUCCAUUUCGAAUCCGCGCCCAAAGGUGUAGCGGGCAGAGCACCCGAGCUGAUCUUCACCAACAACGAAUCAAACUUGAAAAAGUUGUUCAACGACUUCAACAGGAGCCAAUAUGUCAAAGACGGAUUCCAUGAGUACCUGAUCAACGGGAAUAAGGACGCCGUCAACCGGAAGGAUUUCCAGGGUACUAAGGCCGCGGGUGUUUACAAGUUUGAGAAAGUCCCUGCGGGCGAAUAUGUCGAGGUCCGGGUCCGAUUGAAUCAGAAGCCAUCGUCGAAGGAAAAGAUAGGCAUUGCCCAGAAAGAGUUUGAUCAUGUCCUGCGGCUGCGUAUUCGAGAAAUGGACGAGUUCUACAAACAUUUGACCAUCAGGAAUCUUCCUGGGGAUCUCCAUUUGAUCCAACGCCAGGCUUUGGCGGGUAUGCUGUGGACCAAGCAGUGGUACCAUUUCGAUCAAAGGUCUUGGAGAAAGGGUGAUUCUGCGGGCCCUCCGCCCCCGGCGGAGAGGAACAACGUGAGAAACAAGGAAUGGAAACAUCUCUACAUCGAUGACAUCCUCUCCAUGCCUGACAAAUGGGAGUAUCCAUUCUUUGCUUCCUGGGACAUGGCCUUUCACACGAUUCCGUUGUCGAUUGUGGAUCCGACGUUUGCAAAGAAGCAGCUGGAUCUCUUGACCAGGGAGUGGUAUAUGCACCCUUCCGGAAUGAUUCCCGCAUAUGAAUGGAACUUUUCGGAUGUCAAUCCUCCUGUUCAUGCCUGGGCGACGCUGCAGGUAUUCAAGACUGAGGACCGACUCUAUGGCCGCCAGGACUGGCUCUUCCUUGAACGUGUGUUCCAAAAGCUCCUGCUGAACUUUACGUGGUGGGUCAACCGAAAGGAUAAGGAAGGCAACAAUGUCUUUGAGGGCGGCUUUCUCGGACUGGAUAACAUCGGUCUCUUCAACCGAUCGGAGCCUCUGCCGAACGGUGCUUCACUCCGUCAGGCCGACGGCACCUCUUGGAUGGCCUUCUUCUCGCUCUGCAUGCUCCACAUUGCUUUAGAGCUGGCCAAGAGGAACCCAGCUUAUGAAGACAUUGCAUCCAAGUUCUUGGAGCACUUUUUCUAUAUUUCGGAUGCGAUGACCUAUCAGUCCCAGGGGGAGGAAAAGUCACUUUGGGACUCGACCGACAACUUUUUCUAUGACUCGAUUUCCUGGCCUGGCGGGCAUACGCAGCGUCUCAAGACUCGUAGCUUGGUCGGGGUGAUCCCGCUCUUUUCGUGUCUGUCGCUCGACCCAGAGUACCUGAAACUCUUCCCCGGCUUCACUAAACGACUCGACUGGCUCCUGGCCUACCGCGAGAAACAUCGCCCUGUCCGAGUGUUCAAGAAAGAAGACACGAAAGCCUCUGGGUCCUUCCUCCUGGCUCUGGUCGACCAGACCAUGCUCCGCGCCGUCCUCAAACGCAUCCUCGACGAGAACGAGUUCCUGAGCCCCUUUGGGAUCCGCUCCCUCUCGAAAUACCACAAAGACCACCCGCUGAGCAUGUGGAUGGACGGUCAGGAAUUCCGAGUCGAUUAUCGUCCCGCGGAAUCGGAUUCGGGCACGUUUGGAGGCAAUUCCAACUGGCGCGGGCCGAUCUGGUUCCCGACGACGUACCUACUGGUGGUGGCGUUGAAGCGAUUCCAUUACUUUUACGGAAACGAAUUCAAGGUCGAAUGCCCGACUGGAUCUGGGGUGAUGAAGACCUUGGAGGAGGUCGCAUGGGAGAUCGAAAUCAGACUGCUGGCUUUGGUGAGACCCGAUGCGCAGGGCAGACGACCCGCGAAUGGUGGGGAUACGAAGGCGGAUAAGGACCCACAUUUCAAGGACCUGGUGUUGUUUUAUGAGUACUUUGACGCAGAGACCGGCAAGGGACUCGGGGCUUCACAUCAGACCGGGUGGACGGGGUUGUUGGCGAUGCUGGUUCAGCAAGUUGGAGACAAGUGUGACAAGAAAAUCGCCACAACCAACGGCAAGCACGCUUGA